AUGAAUCCAGAAAAUGAAUUACAAAAUGUUGAAGAUGAACAUUCAAGACAGCCAAAAUAUACAAUAUUGCUUCCAACGUAUAAUGAAGCAGAAAAUUUGCCAAUAUGUAUUUGGUUAAUUAACAAAUAUUUGACUGAAUUAAAUUAUGAAGUACUUAUAAUUGAUGAUAACAGCCCUGAUGGAACACAAGACAUAGCUAAAAAACUUUGUAAUGAAUUUGGAAAUGAUAAAAUUAUUUUAUUAACUCGAGAAGGCAAGCUUGGACUUGGAAGUGCUUAUGUUUUUGGAUUGAAACAAGCUCGGUAUUUUUUUAUUUUUUAA